CGCCGCCAUUUUGUAAAAAUAGACGCUUUUGCGUUGUUGUCCACGUUUAUUUUAUCUCAAUUUUUACCUAAAGUUAAGUCUAAAUCGUGUAAAUUUCACUCGUUUUGUGCUUCUUUCACUGGGCGUACUUUCACCUAAAAACCCGUUUUUCUCCAUUAUACCUGCAAACAUGUCUCGUUAUCGCGAAUGGGAUUUAUCAUGCAAGGUCUACGUCGGCAAUUUAGGUUCAUCGGCUAGUAAACACGAAAUCGAGAGCGCUUUUAGUAAAUAUGGACCUUUGAGGAACGUUUGGGUUGCUAGAAACCCCCCAGGAUUCGCUUUUGUCGAAUUUGAGGAUCCGAGAGACGCCGAGGAUGCUGUUCGAGGCCUCGAUGGAACGCGUUGUUGUGGGACCCGUGUCCGGGUUGAAAUGUCCAAUGGACGAUCAAGGAGGGGCGGGAGCCGACGUGGCCCCAUGAGAUACUCCAGGGCAGCGCCACUGCUGUUGUUUUCUCCCCCCGACUGAGACCCACCCCCUCCCCGGCCACACAUCUCAUCAAAUACAUCGACACACCCAACAACAGCUACAUCCACCAUCAGUGGUGCGCGACUGACUACUCACCAGUACUGAUUUAAAAAAAUCAACGCGUCUCUGUGGUUGAACCAAAAAUUGCCAAAAAUCAACGACAUGUCAACGGCGCGUCAAUACCAACCAACUUUAAAUUCUCCUCCUUUCUUCAUUCUAAUUGGUGGGAUUUUAUUAUCAAUUAUAUACGGUGUGUCACUCGUAAAAUGAUUGGCUACGGUAAUGUAUCAAAAAGGCAGUCAAUCAUUUUCGAAACACCCGCUAUAUUCAAUGUAUGUCAUUAGAGAUGUUUGUGCCUGGUUUCAUUCAAAAAAAAAGAACGUAAUUCCCAUCGUAAGAUGUUUUAAUUUUUUUUGUUUUGUUUUCAUUUAGGGUUUUUGUGGUUCAAAUAAAAAUUAUUGUAUUUAUAGGUCGAGGUCACCCAGACGGUCGCGUUCACCGAGGUCGAGGUCACGCAGCAGGGAUAGACGCAGCCGAUCAGAUUCCAGAGAUCGUCGUUAAGAAUUACACUUUUUUUUUCUCAUUAUGUAUUCAAUUACUAUAACAAUAUGUAAUUUACAUGCUUUUUUAUCAUUUUGUCAAUUAAUGACAUUUUUUAGUUUUAAAUGUGGGCGACUCUGUACAAAAACCGAGAUUUUUUUGUAAUGUAAGUCACACUGUAAGGAUUUAUCCAGAAUUUGUCGUGAAUAAACAAUAUUUUAUUGGUCAA